AGCCGCAGCCCCUGCGGGACGGGGGUAAGAAGGAGACACUGAGGGAGCCGGAAUCCUGGGACGCCAAAGAGGGUUGGGGCUUAUUGAUAGUAGGGAGCCUGAGUCCCAGAAAUUGCACUUUACUAGGAUGGGGACUGUAUAGGAGUAGCAGAAAUCUGCGGUUCGUAGGAGGGAGUUUCAACUGGGAUUUGGAGGGCAGCUUUUCUGGAGUCCCCAGGCCGGGUCAAGCACUUAAGAUCUAGGCGCGCCAAGAAGCAAAGAGAGGCCUGCGUCGCUAUGGGUUCCACCACUGCCCCAGACGGAGCGCUCGGCUACGUCCGCGAAUUCACCCGCCACUCCUCCGACGUGCUGGGCAAUUUGAACGAGCUGCGCCUGCGCGGGAUCCUCACUGACGUCACGCUGCUGGUUGGCGGGCAACCCCUUCSAGCACACAAGGCGGUUCUUAUCGCCUGCAGUGGCUUCUUCUAUUCAAUUUUCCGGGGCCGAGCAGGAGUAGGGGUGGACGUACUCUCCCUGCCCGGGGGCCCCGAAGCUAGAGGCUUCGCUCCUCUUCUGGACUUCAUGUACACUUCGCGCCUGCGCCUCUCUCCCACCACUGCACCCGCUGUCCUUGCGGCUGCCACCUACUUGCAGAUGGAACAUGUAGUUCAGGCAUGCCACCGCUUCAUCCAGGCUAGUUGUGAACCUCUAGGCAUCUCCCUGCGACCCCUGGAGGCAGAACCCCCCACACUCACAACAGCCCCUCCACCAGGCAGUCCCAGGUGCUCUGAAGGGCACCCAGACCCACCUACUGAAUCUCGAAGCUGCAAUCAAGGCCCCCCAAGUCCAGUCAGCCCAGACCCCAAGGCCUGCAACUGGAAAAAGUACAAGUUCAUCGUGCUAAACUCUCAGGCUUCCCAAGCAGGGAGCCUGAUUGGGGAGAGUAGUUCUGGUCAACCUUGCCCCCAAGCGAGACUCCCCAGCGGAGAUGAGGCCUCCAACAACAGCAGCAGUGAAGAAGGACCCAUCCCUGGUUCCCAUAACAGGCUUUCUCCAACUACUGCCGCUAGGCAGUUCAAAUGUGGAAUUCCAGUCAGUGCCCCCUAUCUCUUCACAUCCCGGGUUCAAGAGACUACUGGAUCACCCUCUGAGCGGCCCUGUCCACCACCAGGAAGUGAGUUUUUCGGCUGCCAGAACUGUGAGGCUGUGGCUGGAUGCUCUUCGGGGCUGGACCCCUUGGCUCCCAGGGACGAGGACAAACCCUAUAAGUGUCAGCUCUGCCGGUCUGCCUUCCGCUACAAAGGCAACUUGGCCAGUCACCGUACUGUGCACACAGGGGAGAAGCCCUAUCAUUGCUCCAUCUGUGGAGCCCGUUUUAACCGACCAGCUAACCUGAAAACGCACAGCCGCAUCCAUUCGGGAGAGAAACCUUACAAGUGUGAGACUUGCGGUUCGCGCUUUGUACAGGUGGCGCACCUGCGCGCCCACGUGCUGAUCCACACCGGAGAGAAGCCCUAUCCUUGUCCCACCUGCGGAACUCGCUUCCGCCACCUACAGACCCUCAAGAGUCACGUCCGCAUCCACACUGGAGAGAAGCCUUACCAUUGCGACCCGUGCGGCCUGCAUUUCCGGCACAAGAGUCAGCUGCGGUUGCAUCUGCGCCAGAAACACGGGGCUGCUACGAACACCAAAGUACACUACCACAUCCUGGGGGGGCCUUAGCUGAGUGCCCCAGACCCCACUCGCUCCCCAGGGCCCAGGAAGUCCCCAAGCUUGGACCUGGCUUCCCUGUUCGUCUUGGUAUGGGGGUGUGCAAGACCACUCUGGUAUCAGAAACUGCUGCCACCUUAAUUUCUUGCUGGGGAGAGCAGGAGUGGCAGAUCCAGGCUAGAUCUGCCUCUGUUUUGCUGGUCAAAACCUCUUCCCCACAAUCCAGAUUGUCGAACUAGAGGCUGGGGUCAGGGAGACAUUGGAGGCCUGGUUUCCUUAAGGGAAGAGCCCCCACCUGCAGUCCCCACCUCAUUUGGUUUAUCUGUAAAUAUAAUUUAUUGCAGCCUUUGGGUAGCACCAGGGCCUUCAUUCUGUUGCAUUUCCCACUUCCCUAUGCCACAAGUGUGAUCAAAAGUGACCAGAAACAUAGAAUGUGAAGUCACAGCUCUGCUGGCAGAGAUUAUUAGCACUUGGCUCUCUCCUUUGGCUUGAGUGUUUUUAUAUUGUUAUUGUCAUAGCUUUUAUCUUUACAAUUGUUCUUUUUCCUGUUUGUUUGAUGUUGGUUUGUUUAAAAUGGAGAAAGGGAGACUCCAUUCCCUGCUCCUCCAAUUCUAGGUCUGGAACCUUUAUUCAUUCUAGGGCAAGCCCUAGGAACAUGUGGGAUUAUGGAAUUGGGUCUGGAACCCUCUCUGGUAUUCUGGACUCUGAGAUGCUCUAGCAGGCUAGAAUUAGAUAUAGUCUUUUCUUUCUUUUCAUGGGUGAUAGGAACCUUUAUGAUGAGCCUAAAACGGAGGUAACAAAUGCUUCCUGAAAGUUGCGGGGUGGGAGAUUGGAUCCUAAAUCACUUUAAGUAGAGGCCAGUAGUCUUUACUUCAAGAUGGUUCAGAACCUACACUGUCUCACCAAUCCAAUCACCUGGGUUUGGCUGCCCUGCAUUCAUCUGUCACAACAGAGCCCACCCAAGGCUUUGAAUUGAAUUCAUAAUUCUCUCACUACGGCCAGUUCUUAGCACUGAGUUGAUCCCUCCUCCAUGGGAGAAAGAUCUGAAAUUUCUUGUCAGAGAUCAUAUGACCUUUUCUGAUUCUACCAGUCUCUAAGAAUAUUGUGACCUAGGGGAGAAAUAUGAAACUUUACCUUGACUAUAGAGUUGUGACCCACCCAUUACUGUAGAGGUAUCUAGGUUUGAAUGUUCCUUGGGGUUCUCUAUACUGAGAUGAACCCCUUCUUUCUUUAAUGGGUUUUGGACAUCUUCUGGCAAGUGUCCAGAUUCCAGAAACGUCUUUGUCUCUUUAAGUCACAGGUGUUUGGUAACUUUCUUACCUUAGAAAAGCUGGAUCUGUGAUCUUGUCUUCCCAUCACUGCAUUCCUGUCUGGAACCAGUGAGUGCAUUAGAACCUUCCACAGGAAGAGGAAAGAGGCUGAGUUCCAUUCUGGGUUUAUUGUAGUUUGGAAUUAUGAUUGCAAUUGUUGUUGGGAUUGGAGAUUUGAGAGUAAAACUGGUUGACUGAUGAGUUCAAGCCCCUUCUAGUUGACCAAGUUGCCAGGUAGGAUUAAGAGGUUGAUUAAGUGCUGAAGUUUCCAGUGUUGACCAAGUAGGGGAAAAGUUAUGGAUGGGGUAGCCUCUUAGAAACUGUCUGGAAUGUUGAAUAAUACUCUGAAUCCCUGAUUUAUAGUCUUGGCCCUUGUAACCCUGGGACCUAUUUGAUUAUAGGACAUGGAUGGAGGGUAAAAAGCACUUCUGAAUUGGGGGGGUGGAACUUCCUCAAGAUAGAUCAAUACUAGUUGCUGUCACUUGGGGACUAGUGAGAAAGCUAUUCUCCCUAAGUCUAUCUUAAACCCCAUCACCUCAUUGAAGAAUUGAAGAAGAGGGAAAGCAAGAGGAGACAUGUAAAAAGAAACCAUAAUCUCUGUUUUAGCAGAUGGGAUGAGCAGGUUGAAAGUGCCUGGGGGUGGAGAUAUUAGCUCUUUCAAGAUCUGAUCCUUGGAAUAAAGAAGCCUCUGAGUCUAUCUGUUGUGUUCUGGGUUCUUGCCUCAGGGGACCUGGGGAUUGGAAAGAGAUUUCUUCCCUCUUAAAUAAUAUUUGGAUU